AUGGACCACCACACUAUCAGCAAACGACCCUCUUCAUCCCCCGAAGCCGCACCCGAACUCUACCUCAUAAUCCGCUUCUCUGCCUCCAUCCCCGACGUCCAACUCGGCAUCCCCAGUCCCUCAACCACAACCGUCGCCGGGCUCAAACAACUAAUCCGAGCGCACUUACCGUCUGAGCUCUCAAAUCGACGGAUCCGACUCAUAUAUUCCGGCCGCGGUCUUGAGGAUGCCUCUUCACUACGAACGGCGCUGAAAUUGCCGUCGCGCGCGAGUACGCCGUUAUCCACCACGGAUGUUGAAGAUGGAUUCUUGUCACCGUCCUCGAAGGACAGGAAAGGCAAGGGCGUGGUGCGUGAUGUGGUGAUUCCGGUUGAUGUGCCGCGUGUCUACGUGCACUGCUCUAUUGGAGAUAUCGUCUUGUCUGCAACGGAUUUGAGUGCCGAGGCAGCUAUAGCGUCGACGUUCCUUGUCCAACAGCAGCAGCAACAACAACGAAAUGGGUCAACGAUAUCGUUACCGGCUAAGCAACAAAUAGAGGAGCAAGAUGUGGAUAAUAUGGCGACGACGACACCUGCCCCAAGGGGCUUUGAUCGUUUAUUGUCAGCGGGAUUCACGCCGAGUGAAGUUGCCGCGUUGAGGUCUCAGUUUAUGGCUUUACAGUCUAUCAAUCAUACACCGGACACCAUGCCUACAGGCGCAGAAAUGCGCGAAUUAGAGGAUCGAUGGAUGGACGAAGGUUCCUCCGCAGACGGCGCGGGUGUCGGAUUGACGGGAGCAGUGGGCGGUGGUGGUGGUGACGAAGGCGGAGGCGGAGGAGGAGGAGGGUUUGGGUCCUCGUCUAAUAGCGCGCUGGAUGAUAUGCUCUGGGGCGCUGUGAUGGGGUUCUUCUGGCCGAUUGGGUGCGCAAUGUGGCUAAGGCGUGAGGAAGGGGUUUGGAGUUGGCGGAAAGGGUUGGCGGUUUUCGUUGGGGUGGUCGUUAAUGUUGCUUUUGGGGCUGUGAGGGUUAUGAAUUGA